CAAGUGGUAACAGUUUCCGAUACGCGUUUAUAUAACAAGUUUAAAACAGACAUAAUAAUUGAUAUAUUAUUUAGAAAAUAUUUUUAAAAAAUAAGCGUUUUAAUCAUACGAAUGAGUGGAUAGAUUGUUCUAAAGUGUUAAUGAGGAUAUAAAAACUUCAAAUAAUAAACUAUAUCGACGCACAAUAUGCUAUUUCGGUCAUUAUUUAGGAGUGAUAGAUAAUGGACUGAUUUGAGGGAGAAAAAAAAUUAUAUAUUUCUCCUAGUUUGACAGUAAAAAUAGUGAUUUGAAAUAAUUUUUACAGUCAGCAAAUUCGACCAAAUUAAUAAAAUAAGGAACAAAUAGAUACUACCGGAAAGAAAGGGGAGUAACAAAGACAUUCUUAAUUCAACAAAUAUUAUCAUAAUGAAUAAUACAUCUGAAUUUGUCGUAGUGCAGAAGAACUUACAAAACUAUGAGGAGAUUUUAUUGGCUGAGAACAGAUACGAGGCGAAAGCUCUAACUCCAGUGACUGUUUACUUAGUAAUGUUGAUGAUCAUAGGAAUAGUCGGAAAUACAAUGGUUCUUUACGUAUACAAGUUCCGUUUCCGAAAGUCAACCUCUCGCGUUUUUAUUCUGAGUCUCGCUGCCUUUGAUCUGAUCACGUGUUUAUUCGGAAUGCCGUAUCAUAUAUUGGACUUAGCGCAUCCAUACACAUUCACAUGGGAUGGCGUCUGUAAAUCUUUGAGCUUUGCUCUGACUUUUACAAUUCUAGGUUCUAUUUAUGUUUUAGAUUUGAUAGCGAUAGAUAGGUAUCGGAAAAUAUGCAAACCAUUGGAAAAACAGUUGUCAGCCAUGGGAACAAAAAUAAUAUGCUGGGUUACCGCCCUUGUAGCUGCGAUUUCUGCGUCACCAAUGAUAUUUCUAUAUGGCGUUGCAGACGUUAACACACGAACACCAAACAUUACUGGAAAAGAAUGUUACAUUUCAAAUGACUAUUCUUUUACAGAAUUUCCUUUGAUUUACGACGGGUUUUUUAUUCUUCUUUUUCUUCUCUCGAUUUUAAUUGUGUCUAUUUUAUACAUUUAUGUUGGAAUAGCCGUUCGGAAGCGGAAGAAGGUCCAUGAACCUAACCUCAAUGGUUCCGGUUCCGGUUUCGGGACACCAUUAGGAUCAAGACGGACGACUACAGGAGAGGACACUAUAUCAACACCCUUAGGAAGUCUCAGAGAAAAGGAUGGCACCAUUCGUCCACAUUUACAGGGCCAUUUACCAAUUAUCAAACAGAUAUCUAAAUUUUCAAACCUAUCGUACAAUUCCCCCCGUAUACCUAGGAAAGUCAAUAAAGAAAUGAAGAAAGAAAAAUCAUUUAGACAAAAACUUAAACGUGCUAUGUCUGAUGUAUCUAGCGGGGAGUACGAUUCUACUUCCGGAACAGGUACCUUAGACAGAGGCCAAGGUCAACUCAAAAUUAUCGACCAGACCAAAAUGGCGUCCAGAAAACAAAGAAGAACCCUAAGAAUAACUACAAUGUUGUUUAUCAUAACUUUAAUUUUUGUUAUCAGUUUCCUGCCUUAUCUUAUAAUAGAAGUGAUUAGUAACACAGACGAGACCUACUGGAACACCAUGGAGACGUGGGAACUGGUUAUAUCCAGUCUUCUCUAUAGAACGUACUUUAUAAACAACAUGGUCAAUCCCAUUGUUUACUGGUGUUUAGAUCAAAAAUUCAAAAAGGAAGUCGUAAAGUUUUUUACCAGAUGUAAAACAUGUAAACAUUGACAUAGUCGGAAUUAGGAUCGUCUGACAUAAACAUGAUAAAAAAAGUGUUUGUUUUUGUUUAUUUGUUUGGUUUUUUUUUAUGGUUUUUUUUUAACUUAUUUUCGGGGGAAGGAGUGUUAGGGGACGACCAUUUGAUAUUCUUGUGGGGGGAGGAGGAUUUUGAAAAUUAAUAACUCAGCCUUGAUAAUCACAAAAAUAAAUGGUUUGUUCUUUGGUAGUUUGAAAAUAAAUAACCUGACUUGCAAUGUAUUGAAAAUAAAUAACUCAGCAGGUCUAUAGCUUCUUGGCCUUCAGCGGUUCCAAAACCCUUCAAAAAAAAAUUUGACUCGCUCCGCUCGGCAUAAAAUGUUUCACAAUACUUUUGAAAGAGGCUAGGUAAAACCAAACUUUAAUACUAUAUUUGUAUGCAAUACAUUUAUAUUGAUUGGGAAUAUAAAUGAUUCAUUUCGUUAAGAAAAAUAUAAAAUACUUAAUCUAAUUAUAUCAAUUGUC